UAAAAACAAUCCGCUUUGAAUUUGCGGAUGUUGUAGUAAAUCUUCGCGGUGAUUAGUGAAUCGAUAAAAAUUACAGACUUCUGUACAACAUAUCAAUCCAAUUGUCCCUGCCCAACCGUAUGUGCUCUAUUUUCAAGUAGACGGGGUCAAGUGAGAGAGUGUUUGCCGAAAUAAAAGUUCGAAUCCGAUUAAUGUAUUAAAUAAGAAUUAGAUAGUUUCAUCGAACUAAAUUAAAUAAAACAAAAAUAUUCUAGUUAUGGCUGCCCCUACAAGAAUACUCAGCAGGUUAGUUGCUGAUGGAAUAAAAGUUGGUCACCAAGUUAGAUUUAACAGUUAUGAGGCGACUAGAUGGAAUCUUAAAUUAAAUGCAAACUCUAAAGUCAUCUGCCAAGGAUUUACUGGCAAACAGGGAACAUUUCACAGUAAACAGGCUAUUGAAUAUGGUACCAAAGUAGUUGGUGGUGUAUCACCAGGAAAGGGAGGAAAAACACAUCUUGACUUGCCUGUAUUCAAUACUGUAGCUGAGGCUCGCCAAGCGACCGGAGCCGAUGCCACCGUCAUCUACGUACCCCCGCCAGGCGCAGCGGCCGCCAUCCUAGAAGCCAUCGAAGCCGAAGUUCCACUCAUCGUUUGUAUCACCGAAGGUAUUCCCCAACAUGAUAUGGUCAGAGUUAAGCACAGGCUCCUCAGGCAGUCCAAAUCCCGGUUGAUUGGUCCCAACUGCCCCGGAAUCAUCGCCCCCGAUCAAUGCAAAAUUGGAAUCAUGCCUGGACACAUCCAUCAAAAGGGUGUUAUUGGAGUAGUAUCCAGAUCUGGUACUUUGACUUACGAAGCCGUGCACCAGACAACUCAAGUAGGCUUAGGACAGACUCUCUGCGUUGGUAUUGGUGGUGAUCCAUUUAACGGAACGGAUUUCAUCGACUGUUUGGAAGUGUUCUUGAAAGAUCCUGAAACCAAGGGAAUUAUACUCAUAGGUGAAAUCGGUGGUGUGGCCGAAGAACAAGCUGCCGAAUAUUUGACCCAGCAUAAUUCUGGAAGUAAUGCCAAGCCUGUGGUAUCAUUCAUCGCCGGCAUCUCCGCUCCUCCUGGCCGUCGUAUGGGUCACGCCGGAGCCAUUAUCUCUGGAGGCAAAGGCGGAGCCCAAGACAAGAUUAAUGCUUUGGAAAAAGCUGGUGUCAUUGUCACCAAGUCGCCAGCUCAGAUGGGCACUGAAUUAGUUAAAGAAAUGCGUCGUUUGAACUUGGCAUAAAUAUAAAAGACAUGCGUAAUUUUAAUGAUACAGGCUAUUUCAAACUAACCGUGUAAUAUAGUUGUAAUAUAGCCAAAUAUACAUUCACCUCCAUUGUAAUUGCUAUUAUACACAAUUUUACCUAUAUGUAUAUUCUAAUUCCAUUGUUAAUAAAUGUUAUUAUUUA